UUACCAUUUGAUUAGUUCCACACUUUUCAAGGAGAGAGAAAAAUACCUGACCCUUUAUUUAUUUAUUUUUAUUUAACUUUAUAAAAUAAAAAAUGAGAGUUUUUUUUUUUUCGAUUUGUAUAAAUUACGGGUUUAAAGUGCCCUACAACUUCGAAGUUCUAUCAACACAUUUCUCUCUCUCCACUCUAUAAGCUGAGUUUGUUUUACCGAGUCGCCGAGUAACCUCGCUCUGCUGCUGACUCGUCCGAGUUCGACCCCGACUCGCUUUCUCUCUCUCCCCCCUACCUCUCGACAUGGACGCUUCCAGAGUAUUUGUCAAGGAUGUUAAGCGCGUCGUCGUCAAGGUUGGAACUGCCGUUGUCACGAGAAGUGAUGGGAGAAUGGCACUUGGAAGACUAGGUGCACUUUGUGAACAGAUCAAGGAGUUAAACAUUGAUGGAUUUGAAGUUAUUUUGGUGAGUUCAGGUGCUGUUAGUGCUGGUCGUCAGAGGCUUAGAUUCAGGAAAUUGGUUAACAGCAGUUUUGCUGAUCUCCAAAAACCGCAAGCUGAACUUGAUGGGAAAGCAUGUGCUGCUGUUGGGCAGAAUGGUCUCAUGGCUCUCUAUGACACAUUAUUUAGUCAGUUGGAUCUGACUGCUGCCCAACUUCUAGUUACGGACAACGAUUUUAGGGAUCCAAAUUUUAGAUCACAACUUUCUGAAACUGUGAAUCAGUUACUGGAUUCAAAAGUGGUACCUGUACUAAAUGAAAAUGAUGCAGUAAGUACCAGGAAUGCUCCUUAUGAGGAUUCAUCUGGUAUAUUCUGGGAUAACGAUAGUUUAGCGGCUUUACUCGCGUUGGAACUAAAGGCAGAUCUUCUUGUUUUGUUGAGUGAUGUGGACGGUCUUUAUAGUGGCCCACCAAGUGAUCCACAAUCAAAGCUUAUCCAUACAUAUGUUAAAGAGAAGCAUCAGUCAGAAGUUACUUUUGGAGACAAGUCUAGAUUGGGAAGAGGAGGUAUGACGGCCAAAGUAAAAGCAGCUGUUCAUGCUGCACAGGCUGGUAUUCCUGUAAUCAUAGCUAGUGGCAAGGCAACAGACAAUAUUAUCAAAGUUAUCAAAGGCCAGCGUGUUGGCACUCUAUUUCACCAGGAUGCACAUUUAUGGUCUUCAGUUAAAGAAACUGGUUCACGUGAGAUGGCUGUUGCUGCCAGAGAGUGUUCAAGGAGGCUUCAGGCACUGUCAGCUCAAGAAAGAAAAAAGAUCUUGCUAGACAUAGCUGACGCCUUGGAAGACAAUGAACAACUGAUUAAGAUUGAAAAUGAUGCUGAUGUUGCUGUUGCUCAAAUGGCUGGAUAUGACAAAUCCUUGGUGGCCCGGUUAGCCUUGAAGACUGGCAAGAUUUCUAGUCUUGCCAAAUCGAUUCGUGUCCUUGCUGAUAUGGAGGAACCUAUCGGUCGGAUUUUAAAGAAAACUGAGAUUGCAGAUGGACUCGUCUUGGAGAAGACUUCAUGCCCUUUGGGUGUUCUUCUGAUUGUUUUCGAGUCUCGUCCUGAUGCUUUAGUUCAGAUAGCAUCAUUGGCCGUUCGGAGUGGAAAUGGACUUCUUUUAAAGGGUGGAAAGGAAGCAAAGAGAUCAAAUGCUAUCUUACACAAGGUCAUUACUUCUGCUCUACCAGCCACUGUUGGUGAGAAACUAAUUGGUCUGGUCACCACGAGAGAGGAGAUUCCUGAUUUGCUCAAGCUUGAUGAUGUCAUUGAUCUUGUCAUACCAAGAGGCAGCAAUAAACUUGUUUCUCAGAUUAAAGAGUCAACAAAAAUUCCUGUCCUUGGACAUGCAGAUGGAAUUUGUCAUGUGUAUGUUGACAAAUCUGCUAAUAUGGAUAUGGCGAAGCAGAUUGUUUUGGAUGCAAAGAUGGACUACCCAGCUGCAUGCAAUGCUAUGGAAACGCUGCUUGUACAUAAAGAUCUGCUACAGAAUGGAGGCUUGGAUGCGCUUGUUACUGAACUUAGAUCUGAAGGUGUUGACUUGUUUGGUGGACCAAGAGCCAGUGCCUUGCAAGAGCUUAAUAUUCCAGCAACUAAAACAUUCCAUAAGGAGUACAACACACCUGCUUGUACAGUGGAAGUAGUGGAUAAUGUCCAUGCUGCCGUUGAACAUAUUAAUCAACAUGGAAGUGCACAUACUGAUUGCAUCGUAGCAGAAGACGAGAAAGUUGCUGAAGUAUUCUUGAAGCAAGUAGAUAGUGCUGCUGUACUUCACAAUGCAAGUACGAGAUUUUGUGACGGGUUUCGUUUUGGGCUGGGUGCUGAGGUCGGGAUAAGUACAAGUAGGAUUCAUGCCCGAGGUCCAGUUGGAGUGGAGGGGCUAUUAACUACGAGAUGGAUUCUCAAGGGAAAUGGGCAAAUCGUUGACGGUGACAAAGCCGUGGUAUAUACGCACAAAGACCUUCCAAUUGCGUCAUUAACUCUUUAAAUUUUAGUUUAACACCUAUUAUUGUUACCAUCGAUCUCUUCCUUGGACCCCCAAUAGUAGUGCAGUUUGUGUGGGGGAAAAGGAUCUGCAUUUUUCUUGUCCUCUCUCCCGCUGCCUUUUGGGAAGUCUUAUGUAUGUCCGUAGUUUUUACUUCUGACCCUUCCCCGUCUAUUGUAGAGGCUAUUUAUUAGAAUAAACGAUUACCUAAUUUCAACAAGGUUUUCAGUUAUAUACACAUUAUUGUAGUUUCAGUUAA